UUGGAAUACACCAAGUGCUUCCAUUGAAAUUUACAACAAUCCAAGAGACUGUCAACUGUUUUGUGUCACAAGGUACAAAAGUUGAAAAGAAACACGUGUCUCGACUUUGUUGACGUACCGGAAGUAAUAUCACACCGGAUGUAACCCAGCAUGUAACUCCCACCCCCCGCAGACCAUGGCCACCGCAUACAUCACUUUUUUGUCCCUGAGUUGCCUUCUUUCAGGGACACUUCUGGCAAGAAUCCACAGAAAAGUCCCCUCCGAGUGGAAGGGCAGUGGCUGUCCGCCCCCAGGUCUCACGCUCCACGGACGCCGAGUUACCGCCCGCGCCAGUGCCGCCCCCGACUAUUCCACUGUGGGGGAAGUGCGCUUCUCCGCUGAGUUUCCCGCCCCCGUUCAGUUCGGGCCACUCAAGAGAGUAUGCAAGAUCAAGUGCAUCGGUGGAGAGUGGGUUGGUCCCCUCUGUCAGCAGGACCAAGAUGCUGUUGGAGGAGCGAGGUUUCAACCUUUGCUGAGAAGCUGUACCAUUAUUACUAACCCACCCCACACAAUAAUAUCAUAUCGAAAUAUUACUAUAACGCCGAAGAAUGAGGUGUUUCCACACAACUCCGUGGCUCAGUUCCGCUGCAAGGAGCCUCUGGGGAUGUACAAACUCCUGGGAGAGUCAGAACUGCAAUGCAACAACGGCUUGUGGAACUACAGACUUCCUUCCUGUAUACCCACUACACUCCUCACCAACUACACCGAGGACUCUCCCCCAACCAUCCUCAUCAGGAUACCCUCAGGCUCCGCCUCAGUAGAACCGUCCGGAGUGUUGGCGGUGUUUCCGGAGACAAUCCUCCACCUGGACUGCCUGUUCUCUAGGAAGAUUGGCAACCCUGAGUGGACUUGGACCUCCACCUACCGACAAUAUCUCACAGGGUGGGCGAUCGCAGCGGAGGAGAGAGAGUGGAAGUACAGACUGUCCAUCUACUACACUAAGCCCCAAGACACGGGAGUCUUUACGUGCCAGACUCCAAGGGGUCUCACCAACAGCCUUAACGUCCAGGUCCUAGCGGUAGAGUGUGACCUGAGGGAUGUCACGUCACCAGACCGCCAUCUUAAAUCAAGGAUAGAGGGCAACAAGCUGGGUCAAAGGGCGUACUUCCAAUGUCCUCUGGGGUUUCGGCUCAACGGCACCUCCAACCUAACUUGCCAGGCGUCAGGCCGGUGGUCCGCGCCGUUGCCCCGAUGUGAGCCCAUCGUCUGUCCAGAGCUCGCCACCCACGACCCCUACUUGCGACUGUCCGAGUACAACACCAGUUACGGAGGCCGCGCAGUCUUCACUUGCCCCUGGGGGUUCAAACUGGUGGGGCAGCCGGGGCUGGAGUGCGAACUGAACGGACAGUGGUCAGCGCCCAUGCCCUCUUGUAAAGCCAUACGAUGCCCAGCUCCAGUCGUGCCUCUCAACGGUCGGUUGGUGGAGGACGCUACCCCUGGCAUCUACGGAGUAGGCGCUGUCAUACAGUUCUCCUGCAAUGAGAGACAUCAGAUUGUUGGUGAGGCCAGCAUCGUCUGCAUAGAAACUGGAGUUUGGUCGCAUCCUCCGCCAUUCUGCAAGCCAAAGUGUGACUACCCAGGGGAGCCAGCCAAUGGAAGGAUCGUUCCCCUCAAGUUUGCCUAUGACCCCGGGGAUCAUCUGAAGGUCACGUGCCACGCUGGCUACGUGUCCCGUCUGGACGCACGUCCCUUAUGUCAGCCUGACGGCACCUGGUCCCAACCUGUCCCGGAAUGUACAAACUACAGAGAUGUGUGACCUGAGGCCAACACUACUGAGGCUCAAGAAGAAACUACCCAGACUGAAGACGUCUAUAUAGGUCUCAGCGAAGAUCAAAACUCUACAACACAAGAUGAACAAAAUAUUGUUGUGGAGGAACCUCAGAGAAUUUAUCAUGAAACAACUCUCAGUCCUUCUGAUGAAGAUGUAACGAUUUCAAACACCACGGGUGUAUAUAUUGAACAAACAAAACCAACUGAAUGGGAUUAUUCAAUUCCAAUAACUUCCGAAGACGAAAGUCUCACAAACGAACCAGAAACUAUAUUCACGUCGGACGAAGUUGUUACUUCGUCAGAAGAGCCAAGUUUCACAAGUGAAACGUUUGGAACAAAUUCUGUGUCAACUGUAGCCGAAGUUCGAGAUGAUUUAAGUACAGAAACUCAGGGCCAGACUAGUUCGACUUCCCAAACAAAGUCCUCAACUCACCCAAGCAUAUCAUCCAACCUGACGACUUUACAUUGGUCCGACGUAGACUAUUGGUACUAGGUCCGACUGCCGAAAUAUCUUAGUGCAAGUUUAAAAUAUCGCUUAAAUUUGUUAACGCUAAAUGUUCUAAAGAGUGCACGUGGUAAAAAACUAAUUAUGUACAAACUAUACAUUUUUGUUGGAACUUGUUUAUAUUGUAGAGGGUAAAAUGUCAUGAAAAUAAAAAUUUUUAACUUAAAGGUUUGAAAGUAUUUUUAAAGACUUUUAGCCUACAUCCGGUAUUAAAAUGGUUGAUAAACGCCUGAAAGCUCAAAUGGAGUAGUCGAUACAGUGCUGUAUAACGUUAUAGCCAUGCAAAGUUUUCUAUUUUAUAUUGUAUGGUUAUGUUAACACGAAUGGGUUUGUUGAUACUAUCUGUAAUUGCUGUUUAAUAAGUGACAAAAUCGUUGCAAAAAAGGGAUUGAAAAAAACUUGUGCUUAGUUCGGCCAAUUUGUUAACUUUUGACGCUAAGUUCUUUAUUAGUUUUACUUAAAAGCGUCAAAAAUUCCUUUUUUAACAUUGAGCAUUUCUUAACUUAUAAUUUUAACUGUAGGCCUAUUAAUAGCGUGUAAUACUAGACUUGUUUUAUAUCAUUGAUAUUGUUGUACAAAGUGUACAGUAAGGUACAAUUUUACAUACUAGAUAAUAUUAUAUUUUAUCACAAUAAUUGUGAUGCGUUGUUGUAUUAUAAAGAUAGUAGUGUAUGUCUUGAAUACAAAUAACAUAUUUUGUUAACAUGUGAUAUUAUACUAUGACAAAUAUAUUAUUAUAUUUUUUACCAAAUGAAAAGUAAAGUACAAUAUAUGCAAUGUAUUAAAUUUAUGACGUGAAUAAACAAA